CCCGGAUAUGCAAGUGCGAGCUGUUACAAUCUGGACGUCAAGUAGACGUAAUGUUUGCAAUCGAAUAGAGAGGAAGGCAAGUUAUGUCUGAUUUUGAGCCACUUGAUCGAGACAUGAAAUAUCGAUGUCACAUUUGCAGUCAAGGAUUUACGUACAAACAGAACAUGAGCAGGCACAUGGCCUCUGUCCACAAAGACGAUCGGCCAUUCCAGUGCCAAGUCUGUCGAAAGAAAUUUAAACGACAAGAUCAUCUCAUUAAACACCAGUCAACGGUCCACAAUCGCACUUCUGCAUAUUCAAACAUGUCCAGUCAGUGUGACAUAUGCAAGAAAAAUUUCACACGACGAUAUAACAUGUUAAAACACAGAAAGAUACACGAUGGUCAGAGUCCAUUUGAGUGCAGAGUCUGCAAGAAAAAGUUUACUCGAGAAGACAAUCUGGUUGCACACUAUAAAUCGAUUCACGAUCACGUGAAGCCGUAUUCGUGUGAUCGAUGCGAGAAAAAGUUUUCCACGGGAGUUCACUUACGAUCGCAUCAGAACUCUGUCCACGACAGAUUUAAACAGCAUGAGUGUGACAUGUGUGGUCAACGAUUUACGAGGAAGGAUCACAUGAGAACUCAUCAGAGAACAGUACAUCGGCCCGAUGAUGGCACGCGGAGACGAAGGCGUAGGCACAUGAAUCAACGUGAUUUUCAAUACACAGUUAUUAGUCUGAUUGAGUCAGUCCCAGAGUGUGAUGAAAAUGACACCAGUGAAUCUGUGACGAAAAUGCAAGAGGACGAUGAUGUAGCUACCGGAUCAGACAGUCACGAGUUAGAGACGUUGAUAUCAGACCCAUGUACUAACAGAGAAGACGAAUUACAUCUUGAUGUUCAGACAGUAACACUCAGAAGUGACCACGAAGCCACAUGUCCUCCCUAUUUGAUAUGUCCGAGUCCAGAUGUGCUACGAUCACACUUGUCCGACUCAUUACUUGGAACCAUCGAGUCAUACCAUGCUAAACAUGCACUGCCACAUAGUGACAGCGAAAGUCUCACUACAACACACAAUAAUGUUUGUGAUGACGGCUCAAAUUCUGAGGCGCUUGAUGAAGGCGAAAGUUUUGAUGAUCAGUCACAUUGUAUAGAAAAAGACGAGUCUGAUCAAGUCAUUGAGUCUGUAUGUCUGUCGGAUGAGAAAGGAGAAUGAUAGUUAUCUACAAGGUUGCCAUUGCCACAGAAGUAGAACUAAGGUAAAUGUGGCUUUUAUUGAUUAUAUCUAUAUAUAUACGUGACAUGAUCACCGUUAUUCUCAACUGUUAACAUAGUUAUACUGAAAUCUUAGUAUUUAGUUGCAGGUGUAGAGAUAAUACAAAUGCAGAUUCUUUGUUAGAGAGUAAAAUCAGUACAAGAAAUGUACAGUAUACUACUUAUCUUGACUUCUAUUGAUGAGUAUACUGGAGGACUUGUUGACUAUUGUAGGUAUUGUUGAAUUGCUUGUGAGACUGAAGUUGUAUUGUGGUGUUUGUA